UUCAACCGUCUUUAUUCAACUUUACAACCUGAGCUGAGCUGACCUGUUCCUGAAAACUCUUCUGCUUCUGUUCAAGUGACUCAAAACCAAACCUCAUCAUGGUAUCAAUGGGACGACAGAUGCUGGGCUUUGUCCUGGCCAUCAUCGGCUUCCUGGGGACCAUCAUUGUGUGUGCCCUGCCCAUGUGGAAGGUCACAGCUUUCAUCGGAGCCAACAUUGUGACCGCGCAAGUCAUCUGGGAAGGCUUGUGGAUGAACUGUGUGACGCAGAGUACAGGCCAGAUGCAGUGCAAGAUCUACGAUUCUCUGCUGGCUCUGCCCCAGGACCUUCAGGCCGCCAGAGCUCUUGUGGUCAUCGCCAUCAUCGUCGCUGCCUUUGGGGUCAUCUUGGGCAUUAUCGGAGGCAAGUGCACUAACUUUGUGGAGGACGAAGCUUCCAAAGCCAAGGUGGCCAUUGCUGCUGGAAUCGUCUUCAUUUGUGCCGGUGUUGCAAUCCUCGUCCCCGUCUGCUGGUCUGCCAACACCAUUAUCAGGGAUUUCUACAACCCCGUCUUGACCAACGCCCAGAGGAGAGAGCUGGGGGCUGCACUCUACAUCGGCUGGGGCACAGCAGCGCUUCUCCUCCUGGGUGGUGCCCUCCUCUGCAGCUCCUGCCCAAAAAAAGAAAGCCCCGAGUAUCCAGUCAAGUACGCCCCCGCCAGGUCCACAGCCACCAGCCGAGCCUACGUCUGAGACGUCCAUUCUCCUGAGAAAGACUCCUAAUUGCUUUUACUUUUCUUGAGUAAUCCUCCUUCGUUGUGAGUUUCUGUUACCACCACAAGUUGUGUCUCACUUUUAUUUUGUUUAAAGUGUCACACAGUGAGAACUGAUUUUCUGAGAAAUUCAGAUUUCUUUGGUGUAGGCAAGAGAGAGGAAGGAGAAACACAGUACAAACGACGUGGGGUGAAACUAUUGUACUGGCAAGGAAAUCUUCCAACGGCAUGAUGACUGGACUGAAUGAGAGCUAUUCUAUAUAAAGCUUGUAUCGAAACAAAUUUUUCUCUGUAUGUAAAUCUAAGCUGUGCUAGUUGUUAUUGGUCAACAAGAGCUAUGAUAAAAGGAAAGGUCUACAGUAACCUUGAUUUAUUGUGAAUUUGCUGUAUAAAAUAAUUUACCAAUAUCUUUUGCAAUAUUAAAAGAAUGUUUUUGUUUACUGAAAUCACAGAUUUUUAAUAAAACAUUUACUUAAAUUA